AUGAAGCUACAACUGAAGAGUGCAUUCACGCUAAAUAGAGCAGUUCUUCUCGCGAAGCAAACUGAAAUAGUCGGAAAACAACAGCAGGCCCUCAGACAAGAGGAUGCCACGCAACCUCAUCCGGUUCAAGUCGAUCACGUCAAGAUAUUCAAGAGGCACACCGCACUUGUGAUUGGGGGUCUAUUCGGUGGUUCUGAUGCCAAGUGUUAUGACACAGUCGGAUGCUUUAGAAAAGGCGACAACCUGACUCUUCCCACUGGCGUCCCAAGCUCUCCAGAGAGUGUCGGCACAAAAUUCAGACUUUAUUCUAAGCAACACAUUGACCAAGCAGUCGAAAUUUCUGAAUCUUCGCCUAGAGAAACAUUAGAGAAAGAAUUCGGCACCAAGAAGAGCCUGGUGUUGAUAGUGCACGGUUUUGGACAAGGGGGACACAGCACGAUGCCCAUUGAGAUGAAAAAUGCAUUUCUCAAAAAGAAAGAUUGCAACUUCGUCGUUGUACUGUGGACCGAAGGUGCAAAGAAACCUUUGUACAAUAUCGCUGCAGCAAACACGGCCCUUGUUGGAAGGCAGAUUGCGUUGCUUCUUAAGAAGCUAACCGAGGAAUUUCCACAGACUGUUUUAAGUUCAGAAGUUUACUUGAUUGGCUUCAGUCUUGGUGCCCAUGUCGCCGGAUUUUGUGGAAGGACUUUUACUUUAAUAACAAAUAAAACUAUAGGAAGAAUUACUGGACUCGAUCCAGCCAACGCCUUGUUCACAAACUCGGGUGUGCGGUUGAGAGCCAGUGACGCAGAUUUUGUAGACGUCAUUCACACCAACAGGGGAAAAGCCUCCAGUGGAAAAAUGGGGAUUGAUAAGCCAUGCGGUCACGUCGACUUCUAUCCGAAUGGUGGAUCAAGACAGCCGGGGUGCAGCUGGUUCAGCAUUGGCUGCAGCCACAGGAGAUCGGCGGAGUAUUUCGUAGAAUCCCUGACGGACGAACCUUGCAAGUUUGUGUCUUAUUCCUGCACCAAUGGGCUGCAGGACAGCGUGGACGCGUGUAAUAAAAACCAAAGUGACAAAUCUGAAAUGGGAUACAACAGCAAGGACGCACUAGGACGGGACGCGCAGAUGCUGCCAACAAAUGGAAGACCCCCGUAUUGCAAGGUGUGGUAACGAGAGUUCAUUGAAAUUUACACCCAAUCAAUGUCAGAUCAAAUAUUGGACCAAAUAAAAACAACGAAACUGUA